CCUGUGGCCAGGCAUCAGUGUAGGCUUGCAAUAGCUUUGGUGAAGAUCUUAUCAUUUACUCCCCUUUAAACAAAACAAAAACCACUCAAAAUGUCUCUAGAACGUGCUGUUCGUGCCAAGAUUGCCGGCAAACGCAAUCCCGAGAUGGACAAAGAGGCCCAGGAGUGGAUCGAGUCGAUUCUGGGUGAGAAAUUCCCCGCUGGUCAGGCAUACGAGGAUGUGCUGAAGGACGGCCAAGUGCUGUGCAAUCUGAUCAACAAACUGCAGCCCAACUCCGUGGCCAAGAUCAACACGUCCGGCGGACAGUUCAAGUUCAUGGAAAAUUUGAACAACUUCCAGAAGGCACUGAAGGAAUACGGCGUGCCCGACAUUGACGUCUUCCAGACCGUCGAUCUCUAUGAGAAGAAGGACAUUGCCAAUGUGACCAACACCAUUUUCGCUCUGGGCCGUGCCUGCUACAAGCACGCUGACUUCAAGGGUCCCUUCCUGGGCCCCAAGCCCGCUGACGAGUGCAAGCGCGACUUCAGCGAGGAGCAGCUGAAGGCUGGCCAAACCAUUGUUGGUCUCCAGGCUGGCUCCAACAAGGGCGCCACCCAGGCUGGUCAGAAUCUCGGUGCUGGCCGCAAGAUCUUGCUCGGCAAGUAAACCCCUAGGAACUGUCCUCUACUUUCUAUCUGUGUCUUUCUAUCUAUGAUUUCUUUGUUAUAAUUUUUACAACUAUGUUUAAUUGUUAAGUUUACGAAAAUCAAAACAUAUUAAACCAACCAAAAACUAUUCCUCACACACACACACAAAAC